UCAGCAGAGAAGGAGUCGCUGGAAGGCGUUUCGCCUUUGUAGGUCACUGUGCCACCUGGACGGAGGAACGUAGCCGGAGUCGUGAAGCGGUUCCCAUGAGGCUGAUGGUGUGUCAUGUGACUCGUGUGGCGUCUCUCCAGGUCCGCGUGUCCGGUGAUGUGACAGAUGUGGAUUCGAGAGGACAAGGGAGGCGUCGACGGGGGUGGGGUUGUUGCCUCUCCAGGAAGCACCAGUUAAAUGCUCGCCGCCAGCCUUCUGUGCACACACCCCCACCCCCUCCACACACACGGACACUCCAUGCCAGAGACGCAUCAUCACCAUCACUACCAAGAUCAUCAUCAUCAUCAUUAUCGCUCCCGCUGAGAAAUUAGCUCCGUUUUUACUUUUCAUCGACAAACCAAACUUUAUCCAGCGCAGCUUAAAGCCAUGUGUGGGAUUUUUGCUUACCUAAACCAUCAAGUGCCUCGCACCAGGAAGGAGAUAUUUGAGACACUAGUGAAGGGACUGCAGAGACUUGAGUACAGAGGCUACGAUUCAGCAGGCAUUGCUGUGGAUGGAAAGAACAAGGAAAGCUCUAACAUCAAUGGCAAGACCAUCUGUUUAAUCAAGAAGAGAGGAAAGGUCAAGGCUUUGGAUGAAGAGCUUCACAAGAAAGACUUUCUGGACCUGGAAGAAGAGCUGUGUACGCACUUCGGCCUUGCUCACACUCGCUGGGCCACACAUGGAGAGCCGAGCGCUCUCAACAGCCACCCUCAUCGCUCUGACAGCGAAAAUGAGUUUGUCGUCAUCCACAAUGGCAUCAUCACCAACUACAAGGAGCUGAAGGCCUAUCUGAUCACCAAGGGAUACGAGUUUGAAUCUGAAACAGACACAGAGGUGAUCCCAAAGUUGAUCAAGUAUGUUUACGACAAUCGGGAAGACGACGGCAUCAGCUUCUCUACGCUGGUGGAGAGGGUCAUUCAGCAGCUGGAGGGAGCCUUUGCUCUGGUGUUCAAAAGUCGCCAUUUCCCAGGGGAGGCCGUGGUUGCCAGAAGGGGAAGUCCGCUGCUCAUUGGUGUACGAAGCGAACACGAGCUGUCAACUGAACACAUUCCUGUCCAGUACAAGGGCGCUCUCUUAAAGGAGGACGUUCUGGAAAAGAACAACCAUAACCGCCCUGGUGGCACUGUGAACUCUGUUGGGGAUGGCAGGCCCGUGGAGUACUACUUUGCCUCUGACGCCAGUGCCAUUAUUGAACACACUAACAAAGUGUUGUACCUGGAGGACGAUGACAUUGCCGUGGCGAGAGGAGGGAAACUUUCCAUCCACAGGAUCAAUCGCCAGGCUGGUGAAGAUCCUGUGCGGGCCAUCCAAACCCUAAAAAUUGAGCUGCAGCAGAUCAUGAAAGGAAACUUUGAUUCAUUCAUGCAGAAAGAGAUCUUUGAGCAGCCAGAGUCAGUGGUUAACACAAUGAGAGGUCGCAUAUGUUUUGAGUCCAAUACUGUGGUUCUCGGAGGAUUGAAGGACCACCUAAAAGAAAUCAAACGCUGCAGACGGCUAAUUGUGAUUGGCUGCGGCACGAGUUUCCAUGCUGCAGUCGCAACCAGACAAAUACUGGAGGAACUAACAGAGCUGCCUGUCAUGGUGGAGUUGGCGAGCGACUUCCUGGACCGCAACACGCCUGUUUUCAGAGACGAUGUCAGCUUUUUCAUCAGCCAGUCAGGAGAGACAGCAGACACCUUGAUGGCCUUGCGCUACUGUAAGGAAAGAGGUGCCUUAACAGUGGGCAUCACCAACACUGUGGGAAGCUCCAUUUGCAGAGAAACAGACUGUGGUGUCCACAUUAAUGCUGGCCCUGAGAUUGGAGUUGCGAGCACAAAGGCAUAUACCAGUCAGUUUGUGGCACUCAUCAUGUUUGGGCUUAUGAUGAGUGAGGACAGGCUGUCCUUACAGAAGAGAAGACUGGCGAUCAUCAGCAGCCUCAGAGAUCUACCUGAUCUGAUAAAAAAGGUGUUGGCUCUGGAUGAGAAGAUAAAGAUCAUUGCUGAAGAGCUGUACCAGCAGAGGUCUCUUCUGGUCAUGGGCCGCGGUUUCAAUUAUGCCACAUGCCUGGAGGGGGCACUGAAAAUAAAAGAAAUCACCUACAUGCACUCGGAGGGCAUCCUGGCAGGCGAGCUGAAGCAUGGGCCUCUGGCCCUCAUUGACAAACAUAUGCCAGUCAUCAUGAUCAUCAUGAAGGACGCCUGCUACACUAAGUGUCAAAACGCCCUACAACAAGUCACUGCAAGAUCGGGCAGGCCCAUCAUCCUCUGUUGCCAGGACGACACUGAGGUAACCACGAACGCUUAUCGGAGCAUCGAACUGCCGCGUACUGUCGACUGUCUGCAGGGCAUCCUCAGUGUCAUCCCACUGCAGCUACUCUCCUUCCACUUGGCCGUGCUGCGAGGAUAUGAUGUUGACUGUCCCAGAAACUUAGCCAAGUCUGUGACAGUGGAAUGAACGCAAGUAAGUCACGAAGCGCAGCAGAGCAGGAAGGAUGCUUAUCGCUUUGCAGCCCAAAUGUGCAAUUCAACUUUGAGAAUAAUUCUUUUUAUAACUUUGUGUGCGUAUGUGUGCACAUCUACAUAUAAAGUGUGUGUUCAUUGGAGAUGUGCAAACAAAAUGAAUGCAAAGGACGAGGUACGAGGAACUUUUCCUUUUUUUGUUUGUGUUUGUUUUCAUUGGCACAAAUGUGAAGUUUGACCUAUACACUGAUGAGGGAGCACCAGCCCAGUGCCAUUGAGGCUGCAGGCCUUGCAUGGAUGGCAACAUACUGUGCCUUUUUCUCAUCACUAGAUGAGCCAAAAAUACUUUUAGCACGCUUAAUAUAAUAUUUGAAUGCUGUAUACAUUCAAUUACAGUUGUGCAAUAUGGGGACCUACUGCGCAUUAUCAAUGUACACAUUUGUAACUAAGCUGAUUUUCUGGUUUUAACAUUGACACGUGAUUACCUGGGAUCCAAUGAAAUAAUUGCAGAAUUUUAUACCAAAGAGUUGUGCAGGUAUGUAAGUCUGAUGCAUACCUUCAGUAUGUUGUACUGUACAUGGUCCCGUCUGUCUCUUUUAGUCAUUGCAUAUAAAAUUUGGAGACAGAUAUUAAAAGUAGAAAAGCAACUGGAUAUUUUAUUGUAUUUGCAGGACCUGCCCAAAGAAAAUUCCUGUAAACUACUUUUUCACAUUCUGACUUGAUUUUACAUUUGUGUCAUAUUCUGCUUCAUGUGUAUCGUUGUAGUUUAAUUUAAAAUGAAGAUUUUGUCGCAUCAGUUUACACUAACAGGAUCAUUUGCAAAGAUUAGUUUCAUGCUAGAUCGGAGCCUGUUAGAAUUCUAAUUCCAUCACUUUCAAUUUAUUCCGCUUAAAUGCACAAUUGUCAUGACACACGUAUGCAGUCAUCAUUCAAUCUAAACAAAUGAAUAUAUUCUUUAUGCCAUGACUUUCGCCAGUGUUUAUUUUUCAUCAUUAUAGGCAUUUGUAUGGAUUUAUAACAGAUUAAGAUAUUCUGUAUUUAUCUGAAUUGUACUUUGUAAACAGAAAAAGGGUUUGAUUUAUAUUUGUAAUGUUAUUUUUUUCUUACCUUGUGUUUUAAAGGUCCUGUAUUUUACCAAUGCAACUUCUUUUAGAAGCGGUAUUUGAGAUUCUUUAUUGGCUACAUGUUGCCUCAAUAAACAUGUGAAAUAUGAAUUAAAAUUGUCCACGCAUACCCAAUGUUGUUUUUUUUUUCUUUCCAAAAAGCCUGAAAUCAAGUCAUCUGAAUUUCUCAUGCUUAUCUAUGUCACUACCGAAAAUCUCCACCUACCUCUGUACCUCUGUGCUUACAAGUGGGUUUUCUUCAUGGUGGCAACCAAUCAGACGAAAGCCAAAUAUGGACAAAGUGGGUACAAAACAGAAGUAGCUGUCAGAAGUGCCUUUUAUGGUCACGCAUAUGAUAAAAACAAGUUUUUUUUUUUUAAAUUGGAAUUGACAAUUUUUACUAAGUUUAUGUGAGAGUCACUCAAUGGAGGUUAAAAUAGUCAAAAUAUGGGACCUUUAACACAUAUAAGCAUGCUUUAUCAAUCAAUACCUAAUUUUGUA